CACUCAGACUUGUGUUUCCUUGUGUCAUCCGACAAAGAGCGACGUUGAUAAGCUGGGGCUGCUGAACACAUCAAGCCAAGAUGGGAAUUUCUGAUUUCUUUCUAAGUGAUGGAACCCCUUGGAAAAUUGAUGCUGCUACCAAGAUCUUAAGAUGCAGAUGAGUUUGGAAGGACAGCAUCGCCUCCCAGGAUCACACUGUGGGGUUCUCCAUGUUUCAAUGAUCUGAACAGACAGGUACCCUGUGUCAGCUCCUCCUGCUUCUUUCUUGCUCUGGAAUAUUGACACAGCUCUUAUCUGGAGGUCAGCUGAAGACUAAGACACGCAGACAAGUCUGGAUAAGACGGGCCAACGAGUUUCAAUGCUCCUUCUCAUUCUAAAAUGAAGUUAUGGAAGUGUGCCGCCAUCAUCUUUAUGCUCUGUGCUGCCGCACUGUCCCUCUUCUUCACUAGAGCCAUGGUCCCUAAAAGGAUUCAAAGGCUCAGCUCUUCGGGUACAUCUUCAUCGCAGUCAAUGCUGUCUACUUCCUCAGACUCCUCUUCCUCUUUGAUGGGAAGACAUCAUCGCUCAAGGAGAGCGGCAGACAGCUUUGGCACCCUUCUUGAAGAAUUCACCCACAUGUUUGAGAGCUUCACCGAAGGUGAGCUAAAACAAGUAAUUGACAAAAUGAUUGAGAGAAAGGCCAUGAAAGAUGUUCUAGAAGCCAGACAGAGCAAGAGGACUAAACGGGCAAGAAAAAGCCUGAGGGCCUGCUCAUUGAGGCAUGUGGACGUUACAGUGAGUGAUCUGGGCCUGGGCUACCAGAGUGAUGAGACACUUCGUUUCAAAUACUGCAGUGGUGGGUGCAGCACACAUCGCCGCAACUAUGACAUUACGCUGGAGUAUAUGAAGAAUGCGGGCUUCCUCAAGGCAGACAAGAGUGGCAAACCUCGUGACAAGCCCUGCUGCCGGCCCACAGCGUAUGACAAGGACAUAUCAUUUCUGGACAACAACAACAGAUAUCACACCAUCCACAAUGUGUCAGCCCGGCAAUGCGGAUGCGUGUAAUAAGAUGCAGUCACUUCCGGCCAUGGGAACCACAAAGACAUUGGUGGAGAAUGAACAACUCCACAGCUGUGGACCAUUUGGAAGAUGCUGCAUGAAUGGCUCAACAAUAAUAAAAGAGAGGGAGAAU